CUCGGCGCGGCCUACACGCUUCGCUCGCCCGCUGCAGCCCCGCGCCCCGCGUCCCGCGCCCGGCCAUGGCGGAGCCCUCGCCCGCCCGACGCCCGGUGCCUCUCAUCGAGUCGGAGCUGUACUUCCUCAUCGCCCGGUACCUCUCGGCCGGCCCGUGUCGGAGAGCCGCCCAGGUGCUGGUGCAGGAGCUGGAGCAGUACCAGCUGCUGCCCAAGAGGUUGGACUGGGAGGGCAACGAGCACAACAGGAGCUACGAAGAAUUGGUCUUGUCCAAUAAGCAUGUGGCUCCUGAUCAUCUGUUGCAAAUCUGCCAGCGCAUCGGUCCCAUGUUGGAUAAAGAAAUCCCACCCAGUAUUUCAAGAGUCACUUCUUUACUUGGUGCAGGAAGGCAGUCUUUGCUACGUACAGCAAAAGACUGCAGGCACACAGUUUGGAAGGGCUCUGCCUUUGCUGCUCUUCAUAGAGGAAGACCUCCUGAAAUGCCGGUGAAUUAUGGUUCCCCACCAAAUCUUGUGGAGAUACAUCGAGGAAAACAACUCACAGGGUGUUCCACUUUUAGCACAGCAUUUCCAGGAACUAUGUAUCAGCAUAUAAAAAUGCACAGAAGGAUUCUCGGACAUCUAUCUGCUGUUUACUGUGUAGCAUUUGAUAGGACAGGACAUAGAAUCUUUACAGGUUCAGAUGAUUGUUUGGUGAAGAUUUGGUCAACACACAACGGUCGUCUGUUAUCCACAUUAAGAGGUCAUUCUGCAGAAAUUUCAGAUAUGGCAGUAAACUAUGAAAAUACAUUGAUUGCUGCAGGGAGCUGUGAUAAAAUAAUUAGAGUGUGGUGCUUGAGAACUUGUGCCCCAGUUGCUGUACUCCAAGGACACACGGGAUCAAUUACAUCUUUACAGUUUAGCCCGAUGGCCAAAGGCUCUCAAAGAUACAUGGUCUCUACUGGUGCUGAUGGGACAGUUUGUUUUUGGCAGUGGGAUUUAGAAUCCCUGAAAUUUAGUCCACGUCCCCUGAAGUUCACUGAAAAGCCUAGACCAGGCGUUCAAAUGCUUUGUUCUUCUUUUAGUGUUGGUGGUAUGUUUUUAGCCACAGGUAGUACUGAUCAUGUAAUCAGAAUGUAUUUUUUGGGUUUUGAAGCACCUGAAAAAAUAGCUGAACUUGAGAGCCACACUGAUAAAGUUGAUAGUAUUCAAUUUUGUAACAAUGGUGAUCGGUUCUUAAGUGGUAGCAGAGAUGGAACAGCACGUGUCUGGAGAUUUGAGCAGUUAGAAUGGAGAAGCAUUUUGUUGGAUAUGGCUACCAGAAUCUCAGGGGACUUAUCUUCCGAAGAGGAAAGAUUUAUGAAACCCAAAGUAACAAUGAUAGCUUGGAAUCAGAAUGAUAGUAUUGUUGUCACAGCUGUGAAUGAUCAUGUCCUCAAAGUGUGGAAUUCUUAUACUGGACAACUGCUUCAUAACUUAUUGGGACAUGCUGAUGAAGUAUUUGUUUUGGAGACACAUCCCUUUGAUUCCAGAAUUAUGUUAUCUGCAGGACAUGAUGGCAGCAUAUUUAUAUGGGAUAUUACAAAAGGCACUAAGAUGAAACAUUAUUUUAAUAUGAUUGAAGGCCAAGGACAUGGAGCUGUAUUUGACUGUAAGUUUUCACAAGAUGGACAGCAUUUUGCCUGUACAGAUUCUCAUGGGCACCUUCUGAUAUUUGGUUUUGGAUGCAGCAAGCCAUAUGAAAAGAUUCCUGAUCAGAUGUUCUUCCAUACUGACUAUCGACCACUGAUUAGAGAUUCUAAUAAUUAUGUCUUAGACGAGCAAACUCAGCAGGCUCCUCACCUUAUGCCUCCACCGUUCUUGGUAGAUGUAGAUGGAAAUCCUCAUCCAACUAAGUAUCAGAGAUUAGUGCCAGGCCGAGAAAAUUCUGCAGAUGAACAUUUGGUUCCACAGCUAGGCUAUGUGGCAACAAGUGAUGGAGAGGUAAUUGAACAAAUUAUAAGCUUACAAACCAAUGAUAAUGGUGAACGAAGCCCAGAGUCCAGUGUUCUUGAUGGAAUGAUAAGACAAUUGCAGCAGCAGCAAGAUCAGAGAAUGGGAGCAGGUCAGGAUACUGUUCCAAGUGGACUUCCAAAUGGGGAAGAAACACCCCGAAGAGGUUUUAGAAGAUUAAGCUUAGACAUCCAGUCCCCUCCAAAUAUUGGUCUGCGUCGUAGUGGACAAGUUGAAGGUGUUCGUCAGAUGCAUCAGAAUGCUCCACGUAGUCAGAUUGCUACAGAACGUGACCUGCAGGCUUGGAAACGAAGAGUGGUUGUACCAGAGGUACCACUAGGCAUAUUUAGGAAGUUGGAAGACUUCAGAAUAGAGAAAGGUGAAGAGGAAAGAAAUCUUUAUAUAAUUGGAAGAAAAAGGAAGACUCUCCAGCUCUCACAAAAGUCUGAUUCGGUGAUUUUGAUGUCCCAGUCUAGGCAGAGGACAUGUAGACGUAGAUAUCCUAAUUAUGGUAGAAGAAAUCUUGGACGGCUUGAGUUAUCUUCUGGAAAUGAAUCUUCAAGCUCUAUAAGACAUGAGACUUCUUGUGAUCAGAGUGAAGGUUCUUGUUCUUCUGAAGAAGAAGAAUGGAAAAGUGAUAGAAGAAGUGAAAGUGACAGUGAAAGUUCAAGUGACUCUUCAUCUAGGUAUUCUGAUUGGACAGCUGAUGCAGGCAUCAAUUUGCAGCCUCCUUUACGAACAUCGUCUCGUCGACGGAUUACUCGAUUUUGCAGUAGUUCAGAGGAUGAAAUGUCUACUGAGAAUUUAUCUCCUCCAAAAAGGAGACGAAAGAGAAAAAAAGAAAAGCCUAAAAAAGAGAAUUUGAGGAGGGUGACUCCAGCGGAACUUGCAAAUAUGGAACAUUUAUAUGAAUUUCAUCCUCCAGUUUGGAUAACUGAUACCACACUUCGAAGGUCUCCGUUUGUUCCUCAAAUGGGUGAUGAGGUAAUAUAUUUUCGACAGGGUCAUGAAGCUUAUAUUGAGGCUGUCAGAAGAAAUAACAUUUAUGAACUGAACCCUAACAAGGAACCAUGGAGAAAAAUGGAUCUUAGGGAUCAAGAAUUGGUCAAAAUAGUUGGAAUACGAUAUGAAGUUGGGCCCCCUACACUCUGUUGCCUCAAACUAGCAUUUAUAGAUCCUGCAACUGGAAAACUUACAGACAGAUCUUUCUCUAUUAGGUAUCACGAUAUGCCGGAUGUUAUUGACUUUCUUGUCUUGCGUCAAUUUUAUGAUGAAGCAAGACAGAGGAAUUGGCAGUCCUGUGACAGGUUCCGUUCUAUCAUUGACGACGCUUGGUGGUUUGGAACAGUGUUAAGUCAAGAGCCGUAUCAGCGACAGUACCCUGAUAGUCAUUUCCAGUGUUACAUUGUUAGAUGGGACAAUACUGAAAUUGAAAAACUUAGCCCAUGGGACAUGGAACCAAUUCCUGAUAAUGUUGAUCCACCUGAAGAAUUAGGAGCUAGUAUUUCUGUCACUUCAGAUGAGCUAGAGAAAUUGCUCUACAAACCAGAAGAUGGUGAAUGGGGUCAGAAAUCGAGAGAUGAGGAAUGUGAACGAAUUAUUAGUGGUAUAGAUCAACUUUUGAAUCUUGAUAUAGCAGCAGCUUUUGCAGGUCCAGUUGACCUAUGUACGUAUCCGAAGUACUGUACUGUGGUAGCUUAUCCAACUGACCUUUACACAAUUCGAAUGAGACUUGUUAAUCGAUUUUACAGGAGGCUAUCUGCAUUAGUUUGGGAAGUCAGAUACAUAGAACAUAAUGCCAGAACAUUUAAUGAACCUGAGAGUGUAAUUGCAAGAUCAGCUAAGAAGAUAACUGACCAACUUUUAAAAUUUAUCAAGAAUCAAGACUGUACAAAUAUCUCAGAACUUUCUAACACUUCUGAAAAUGAUGAGCAAAAUGCCGAGGAUUUGGAUGAUAGUGAUCUUCCUAAAACAUCUUCUGGAAGAAGGAGAGUCCAUGAAUGGAAAAAAAGGAGCAUCAGAGCAGCCAACUAUGUUGAAAGCAACUGGAAGAAACAGUGUAAGGAACUAGUGAACUUAAUUUUUCAAUGUGAAGAUUCUGAACCAUUUAGACAACCUGUUGAUUUGGUUGAAUAUCCAGACUACCGAGAUAUUAUAGAUACUCCAAUGGAUUUUGGAACAGUAAGGGAAACUUUAGAAGCGGGAAAUUAUGACAGCCCUUUGGAAUUUUGCAAAGACAUCCGGUUGAUAUUUAGCAAUGCAAAAGCAUAUACACCAAACAAAAGAUCAAAGAUUUACAGUAUGACUUUGAGAUUGUCGGCCUUAUUUGAAGAAAAAAUGAAGAAAAUCUCCUCUGAUUUUAAAGUUGGCCAAAAAUUCAAUGAAAAACUUCGAAGAAGCCAGAGGUUCAAGAGACGGCAAAGUUGUAAUCGCGUCAAUCAGGCUAACAAAAGUAUCAGAAAUAUCAAGCAGAAGCGGUUAAAAUCUCAGACAAAAGUAAUUCCUGAGUUGGUAGGUUCUCCUAUCCAGUCUACCUCAAGUAGGGCCGCUCAUUCUGCAAGCCGCAAGAUGAGUGCUAGUGUCUCUUCGGGUGUUACUUCUGAUAACUCUUCAGAUUCAGCAGGAUCAUCAGAAAGAAUGAGAAGAAACAGACCUGUCACUCUAACAAAUGGUUCCACAUUAUCUGAGAGCGAAAUGGAAGAUUCGUUAGGUACCUCAUCAUCAUCUUCAGCUUCGAACAGUUCAGAGGACAGCAAAGACAGUUUAAGAGCUCGUGAAUCCUCUUUACGUAGUGGGCUGGCCAGAAAUACCAAUCUCAGGGUGACCAGAACCAGAGCUUCUCAGAGAAAAACUGGUCCAAUUUCUUUAGAAAAUGGAUGUGGCCGAAAAGCUACUCGAAAGAGAGUCUAUUUAAGUGACUCUGAUAACAAUUCAUUAGAAACUGGUGAAAGUCUAAAAGCCAGAGCUGGAAAUAACCGGAAAGUGCUACGAAAGUGUGCUGCUGUGGCUGCCAAUAAGAUAAAGCUCAUGAGUGAUGUAGAGGAGAAUUCUAGCUCUGAGAGUGUCUGUUCUGGCCGUAAGCUGCCUCACCGCAAUGCUUCUGCUGUAGCUAGAAAAAAGUUACUACAUAAUUCUGAAGAUGAUCACAGCUUAAAGUCAGAAAUUGAAGAAGAGGAGUUAAAAGAUCGAAAUCAACCAUCACCAUUGUCCAAUUCUCAUGCUGCCCAGAAUACUGUCAGUGAAUCUGAAAAUAGAGAUUCAGAGUCAGAAAGUGAUUUACGGGUAGCCCGAAAAAAUUGGCAUGCUAAUGGGUUCAAGUCCUAUACUCCAGCAACUUCUAAAACAAAAUUUCUUAAAAUAGAGUCUUCUGAGGAAGACUCUAAAAGUCAUGAUUCAGAUAACAGGCAUAACAGAAUUGCUGGCCCAUCAACGUCUGGGCAGAAACUUAAGGCAGAACGCAUCUCAGAGGAAGAGGAGGAAGCAGAUUCUGAACCAAGAAAAUAUGUUGGUAGGAAAUACAACACAAGUCGCAAGAAUGCUACUUUCCUUAAAAAAGCAAAGAUCUUCAGUGAUUCAGAGGACUCCGAAUCGGAAGAACAAGAUAGAGAAGAUGGUAAAUGUCACAAAAUGGAAACAAACCGGAUUUCAGAGAAUUUGAAGUGUGAACCUAGUGCUGGGUCCCACUGUUUCUCAGAUCAGGUAUCUGAAACUGAUUUGGAUUCAGAGGAUGACAAGAUAAAAGAAAAACCAAGCAGUUUUAUGAAAGAUUCUACAUCAGAAGACCAUGGACAAAGCAGAAAAGUUUCCAGGAAAAGGGUCUGUUCAAGUGACUCAGACAGCAAUUCACAGGUGGUUAAGAAAUCGCCAAAAGCCAAAAUGGGUCUCCACAGGAUUCCUCGAAAAUGUGCAACCACCGCUGCCAGUAAGAUUAAGCUCAUGAGUGAUGUGGAAGAUGUCAGUUUACAAAAUGUGUGUACUAGAAGCAGAAAUGGAAGGAGAAAGCUCCACUUUGCAUGUACCACAGCUAAGAAGAUAGUGAGCGAUUCUGAGGGAGAUGUAAACUGUGAAGUGCCGAAUGAACGGUAUGCCUGUGCAGGGAAGCCACCUGAAGCUGACUCAGAAGGUAGUACAAAAAGUAUUAAUCAGUCUUUAAGUGGAGACUCAGACUCUGAAGGUAUGUUCAAUUCAGAACACAAAAACAGGCACACCAGUAGUCACAAAACAAAUGUUGCACCUUCUAAAAUGAAGAAUUCUUUGAUUGGGUCUUCAGAGGAAGAUUCGAAAAGCCAUAUUCUAGGGGGUGAGAUGGGUAGAAAAUUUUCUUCUGAGUCAACUUUGGUACAAAAAGCUACUGCAGAGAAUAACUUUGAAGAGGAACUGAAUUAUGGGCUGCGCAGGUGGAAUGGCAGAAGACUCAGGACCUAUGGGAAGGCUCCUUUCAGUAAGACAGAAGUGAUUCGUGAUUCUCAGGAAGCAGCCGAGACGGAAAUAAAAAGGAAAAGACGGCAUCCUGAAUUAGAAAAUGUGAAAAUUUCUGAAACAACAGGGAGUUCAAAAUGUGGACCUGACACUAGUCCCAAAUCUGACUCAGAUUUGGGAUCUGUAACUGAAUCAGAUGUUGACUGUACUGAUGAUACAAAAACCAAAAAGAGGAAAAUGAAAGGAAAAGCAAAAGUAGUUAGAAAAGGUAAAACUUUUACAGCUAACAUAUCUAAAACUGUGAGACGACAAAGACAAAGCAAACGUCCUAGGUUAAAUUUGGAUGAUAAUGACUGGGAGGAUUUGGACUAUGCAAAAUCUAAGAGAGUUCUUCGACGUUCAAAAAUAAAAACAAGAAAUCAGGGUAGAAGGACCGUGAGAUACCAUGAUGGGGAUGAUGAUAGAAGCUUAGAAAAUGUGUUAGAUUUUGAUGAUUGCACCUUAUGACCUUGAGGGAAAACCAGUUCAUUUAGAGGAAAUGGACUGGAAUUUAUGGUGAAAGCUGGCUGUUGAAAUUAUUUUUUGUCCUACAAUUCAGGGAAUAUAUUUAUAUUUUUCUAUGAAAAGUUAUGAAUGUGACUAAAUCAUGACUGUUAUUUUUAUUUGCACUUGCUUGCCUUUGUAGCAGCUUUCAGCACAGGUGCCAAAAUAUGCUUCAUUUUGGGGGCAGAUCUACUUUGACAGUAUUUAACUACAUAUAGCAAGAGUUUGAAAUAUGUUAAACACUAGAUAUCCUGGUUAUCAAAACCAAUGAGCAUUACUUUCAUGGUAGCAAGUGUCAUGCAGUUAUUUUCUGAAUUCUUCAAGAGGUGGUGGUUUCUAAGCCCAGUUCUAUUGUAGUAUAACAAUUUCAUGUGACCUAUGUUUACAGAUUCUUCAUAAAUAUGUGCAUACUGACAUUACAAUCAUGGGAGGUGUAACCAUGAUUAGUAGGCAAGGUACCUACCACUUUUUUUUUUUUUUUUCUUUCCCUGGCUACUUGAGUAGAAUGCAUUAUACCAGAUUUGGUAAUUUUCAUUGAAAUAGUUUCCAGUUUUCUUUCCAAAUGCUGUUGAGUCUUUCUUUCUCUUUUUUGUUAUUUUUAAGGAAAAUAUCACUUUUAUUUUAUAAACUUGAAUUUAUAAAGUGCUGGUAAAUUAUUUUUUUUAAAUGUUUUUGAUUGUAUAUUUUAAACCGCUAAGGCCAGACCAUAGUCCUAGCAUUUUCUUUUUAAAUUGUGCACUAACAGAAUGCUAUAUAAUUUGUCUUUCCAAGAUCUCCUGGUUUCCAUAUAAGAGAUUUAACCAAAAUCUUGGUCUUCCAUAUUCUUAACUCUGUGAAAUGGAGGAGUUUGUGUGCCUUAGAUUUAGGAAAAGUGUGUUCUUUAAUAGAGUGUACAGGGCUAAAAGAGUAUUUAAAUGAUAUGUAGUUUCCCCCAUUUCUAUUGAAAUUGUAGAGUUGAGUUUUGUUAAGAGUGCAAUUGCAAAUCUCAUCUAUAUAGGAAAAUAGUUCAAUGUCAUUCUUCAUCUCUGUUUUAGCUUACUGCUGCCAUGUGCAAUCCCAAGCAUUCUUUGCUGGGGCAACUAAGUGUAUCUUUAUUAGUGACCUCUAGUUUAAAUCUAAGAAACUGUCAUGUGUUGUGGGAAAGUAAUUUUGAAAUCCAUUUAAAGUGAAACUUUUGUCACAUGAUAAAAUACCAUAGUACACUUAUUUUUGAGCCAAAUAUUUUUACUUGAUAAGUUGUGCUACUCCAAACAGUGUAGGUGGCUGUUCCUAGCUUGUUUGUGCCUGAAGAUGGACUUGAUUCAAAUGGUUUACAUAUUUUGUAGCUAAGGGGUAUGUUACAGUACUCCCACCUUUGUUAUUUAUUGGCCCUAACUGUGUGUGGUUUCAGACAAAAUUAACUCCUUUCUCCUGUGUAUCCUUAAGGUGGCAGAUAUGGAAAAGCGUAAGAUCCUGGUAUCAGUGUUAGAGAAUGUUCUUAAGGGCUGUUACUUUUUAGUUAUCUAUUCCAUUUGACAUGGUAGAAGGUACUUUCUCUUUCUACUCGAAUGUAAGGGGAAGGUUGUUUUUGGACAUUACCAACUGAGAUAAGUGGGAUACCUACCUCUCCUUUGGUUGUUUAGAGAGCUAUCACCACUUCAAAACUAUGAUGCUCUUCUUCUCAAAGUUGGUGUUAAGUGUAUAGUAGACAGAUUGAUUUAGGAUAAUUGUCCUUGACUAUUGACCUGAAAAAGUUAAUGGAAUGCUCUUUACUUCCCUAAUUUUAAGAAACGGUAAUAGAUGUCAUAUCCAUUAAUUUAUUUAAACUCUUCUUAAGCUUCUCUGUUUUAUAUCUGUUCUCAGGGUUAUAACUCCAUGUUUACCAUCAUCUGCAAAAAGGUACCAAAAAAAUCCAUAUAAAUAAAUACGGGAUACUUGCAUAAAUACAUAAAUUCUUUUGGUAAAAUGAUACUUUGACCAUUGAGGCUUCAUCAAUAGAACUAUUCUUAUCUUUUGGACUGAAUUAACUGGUCACUGAUUGGCUGGUCAACCAAUUACUAAUUUUUCAUUUUGUCCAAAAUGGUUAGACCCUUUUGUAUAGAAGCAGUAUUUUGGUUUCAUCUGAAAAAACAAGAAUUCACCUGGUGACUUGGAAAGCAUGGUUGACAAUGGUAGCUUCUCAAGUUCUGAAGUAAAACUAAGGAAUUAGAGAGAGAAUCAUUUUUAUGGGUUUUUUUGGUCAUGGUGCUACUCCUAAGUAUGAAUAUGUGACACACACUCCUACGUACCUUUAAGGAAAAUUAAUAAAUAAUUAAUAGUUCAAAAUGUUUACAUUGAGCACUAGAACAUGUUUGACUUUUUUCUACUUCUCUUUACGUGAAAUGCGCAGGGAUUUAAUGCACAGAUGUACUUUAGUAUGUUUGGGAUCAGUUUGCAUUUUUCUUGUGAAAAAAGACAAAAGGUGACACAUUGAAUGUGAACUGAUCCAGAAGUAAGUGCUAUAGCUUUCCAUUGCACUUGAAGUAACUUAAUGGUGUAUAUGAAAAAAGACUACUGUGGUUAUGUAUGUCCAAAGUCCUAUGAUAUUAUUCAUUUAUGGUUAAAAAAAGGUUUGAGGUAUUUGGAUUUGAUUUUUGAGUCCUUUGAAAGAAUAAUUUUACCCAGCAUCUUAGAAAAAAAGAUUUCAAACAUUUAAAAAAUAGGUGAGAUUUAAAAAGCAUUUUUUUUUUCAUAUCCUACUUAUUUAAAAAAGGGUAUACUGAUAAUGUGUAGUAACUUCUGAAGAAAAGAAAGUUUAUCCCAUUUUCAGGUAAUUCUUAGGUUGGUCAUUCUCCCUUUUUUACUUUAGGGGAAACUCUCUGAUUAAAUCCUUUCUCAAUUUAGUAAUCCUUGGAAAGACUCAAUUUAGUAAUCCUUGAAAAGAAUGAUAAAGCAGUUACUCACAGCUUCUAAGUUACAACACAAAAGUGUUUUCUAAAUAGUGGAGAGUUGUACCUAAAAAGGAAAUUAGUUUUAUAAUAAUAGGGAGAAAGAACUUAUGUUUUAGGAAAAGGCACUUCAAAACCUAGAAGUGCAAAUGGACAAAGGAGACAUAAAACAAACCAAUAAAAAUACUGUCUGAAGGUACUACUGUCCAAAAAUAAGAAUAAGACAUGUCACUAAAUCCUUCACACUCCGUUAGUUGAUUACUCUCAAGUAAAAUUCUUAUUUAGAAUAAUGUUGGGUCCAUACUACAUUCCCUGUCCCUUUCCUAUCCUUUUUUCCUUUAGAAUAAUCAGAACAAAGAAUUUAUUAACUUCACUGUAUGGUAUUAAAAACUAAAUUGAAAGGAUUUUAAUCUCUUCUGUCAGUAUAAAUUGAAUUUGAUUGUGCCACCUGAAAAAAAUGAGAGGUUUAUGUAUCAGUAGAAUGCAAGAACAUUGUUAAAGGUGCAUACAGUAUUUUUGGUUUUCCUUUUUACUCAGUUGUAUUGAUUUUUUGAGUAACUUCUAAAUGGCUAGGAAAGGUCUUUUUGCCUUGCCCUUUUAUAGCUGAAAUACCAGCACCAUUCUUUUCAUCAAUAUGAAGUCAGUAUAUUUACUUCAUCAGGUAUCUUGUUGUGGUCACCAAAUACUUUAGUUUUCUUAUAUUGUAUGGAAAUUCUAUUCAGUUAUGUCUAGUCUGAUGGAGUACAACAAAACACCUUCAUUGUAGAAGAACUUUCUGUCUUCAUUAUUUUUUAAGUUAUAUACCUCUCAACUUCUGCUGUGGACAUCAGGGAAUAAUAAAGCAGAAACCCUAAGAAUUUUCAACUUAACAGUUUAAAGACUGUCUCCUUUUCUAGUAGUUGGGAACAUACAAACCAAACUAAAUAAAUUUGUGAAAGCUAGGAAGAAAAUGGAGCAUUGUGGAAAAAUCGAGUACAACUAGAUUUGUAAGUGCUAAUCCUACUUUUAGUUCAAAUUGUGAAUUAAUGGAAAGGACUGAAGUGUAAAGAGUAUAAUGGUGAGGGCUGUGUUGUCUUUUCUCACAUUUUAAGAAAAGUUUUUAUAGCUGUUUUCUUAAAUUACAGAUGUUGCCUAAGGAUACAUGGGAUUCUCAAAGUUAAGAGAUUUUUACCAGUCACUCAUAAUCUGCCAAGCUGGUUCCUAAUAUAUUGUUAAUUUUGGUAGGAAAAUAUCAAGACUCUUACUUGGCAUCUCCUCAAGGAUUGCUUUUAUGAAUUUGAUCGAGGGAGGUCUGGGGGGGCCAGUCACAGCAUUUGGGUCCUACAAAUCUGCAGGCUCUAUCUUUGGCAGCAUGUCAUGUAAGUAACUAUAGAUUAUUUGUCAAGGCUGAUAGUUUCACUCAAUUUAAUUGGCAGUGCUACAGCAUAUUUUCUGGUCAUAAUUUAGUUUUUCAGUUAAUUUUAAGGUAAGUUUUAUCAUUUAUUAAAAGCUUUAAUGGAAUUUGGACUGCUAAAGAGAUAGAGGCAUUCUGACUGACCUAAUUGAAAUGAGAUGACCAGUUACAGACCGUACUGACUGCAGCAGCCAGCCGUAUGUACCGUUGGUUCCACAAGGAAAAUUAUUUAGAAAUUAUUACCUUUUAUGAUCAGUGGCUAAAUGUUACAGGAAUCUUUAAUUUUGAAUAUAUUGAAGUUAAAUUUUUAAGUGUUGAUCUAUACUUAGUCCUUGGAUUGAUUGUACACAUUCAGUUCACCAGUAAAAUUCUAACCAUUUUAUUGGAGCCUGUCAAAAAGGCCAAUUUUCUACUCCCACACAAGAUCUCUACUUUAACUUUCUAAAUUAACUCAUUACCACGUCUGAGUCUUAGCAUUGUCAUCUAGAAGCCAGUUUUUUAGUCAAUUACUAACUAAAGUAGUAGCAUAUAAUAAAUUUAAUCUAGUCAUCCUAAUGACAAGCAGAAGGCUUUUUUUUUUUUUUUUAAACUACUUCAAGCUUUCUAGCUGGUUAAUUCUGUAAGGUCUGCAAUAUGCAAUCAAUUUCUUUUGCAACUCAUCUUGACCUCUUGUCUUAAGCUGCUCCCUAACCUCUAUCCAUUUGUGUUGUCUUCUCAUGCAGGCAGAAUGCAGGGCUACAUGUUGUAUGAGCCAGGGGAAACUGAAGGGAGUCAUGAGAUGUGCUUGAAAAGGGUGUGUCAUUGGAUUGUCUGUGACCCUGCUGCUUUUCAUUAGUAAAGUAAUAAAGUAGAUUGAAAACCCAGUAUUUACUUCUGAUACCUUAUGCUGCCUAUGUUAGUUUGAAAUGCUCUGAGAUAUCUCUUAAAAAGUUCAUUAAGCAGAUAAGUGUAAGAUCCCUGAAUUCAUACUUCAAAGAGCUUUUAUCAGAUUUUUAGGAAAAAAUUGCAAUAGCCAUCACAAAUCUUGUGAGAAUCAUAAGAAUGACUGUUACCCAAUGAACUGUUUCUUAGAGAAGAGAGAAAACUGUAUAGUGAUUAGUAGAUUAGCUGUAGAUGCAAAACAAAACAAUGGAAGGUUCUGUGGUGCCCACCACUGAGUAUACUGAAGACUUAACAGAUGAUCUAUUCAACCAAAGAAGUGAUGAAACUAGCAAAGAAGAACUCUGGAUUACGGAAUUAUUUCUGACAGUCUCUUGACCUGACAAUGCCAUAUGGUAGAAGUUGACUUCUCAGUGUUACUAACUCACUCUAGAAAAGAAAAGAAAAAUGUUAAACCCAGCGAGUUACAGAAAACACUUUAUUCUACAGUCAUUCCCUAAAGAGAUUUUUCAGUUUAUGGGAACUUUUGGAAACUUAGGCUUUAGGAGUGAUGAAUAUCGGUGAUAAAUGCUGUUUGCUUCCUGAGUUUAGGUCUUUUCAUUGCCAUCAGUAAAGGGCAGACAACAAAGAAAGGACAUCUCAAACCAGCUCUGCAAAAGGCUUCCCCUCUCUAUGGAUUUGAUUUAUCCACCAACUACAGCAACCAAUAGUGUCAGUACUUAAAAAAUAUAUGAAACAACCUAGUAUGUUCUUUUCAUUUUGAUUCAGACAUUCUUGCAUGUCAUUUUCCAUUCUUAAGUUUGUUUUUAAUACUCCAGUUAAAAUGCUGAUGAGAUUAAAAGGUUUUAGACUUCUACAGCAUUGAUGUGAAGUUUACUUUGGAUUUAGGAAAACAAUUUUGUAUCCUGAAGUAUCAAAUUGGAAUAUAAAUAAUCCUUAAAAUACAGAAGCUAGAGAUUAUUGCUUUGAAUCAAAACUGUAACAUCUAUAUCCAAGUUUCUAUUCACCACAGACCUUAGAAUACACAGUGAUUUGUGAGUUAAAGUGGUCAUCUAGGUAAACUAUGAUGGAGUACUACUAAAGAUGUAAAUUUUUACACUACUAAUGAGGUUUUUGCCAUAUCCACAUAGGGAAUCAUUUACAGGAAAGCAACAAUGCCUCAAGCACUCAGUGACAACUGUAACACAUGACUGACUCAAGACCAUUUGGGACAGUAGGACUUGUGGAAUUGUACUGACUUGUUAGUAUUACAUGACACUAUUCACAAAUGUAUUGUUAGAGCAGUAUCCUCCCAAAUUUUUAAGCUUGUACCCUAACAUAUAAAUUGGACUUCUCUAACUGAAUUAGCCUGUAUAUAUUUCUAAAAACUGUUUGUAGUUUUCUCAAGGAGAAUAAAGCACUUUAUAAUUUACCAAGUUCUCAGUAAUAAAGUUAACACUGACUUACA